GAUCAGACUUUAAGUCAGUUUCUUUUGCUACAUUUAGUUGAAUUUAAUAGAUUCAACAAAAGCUGAUUUAGGUGCUACUACAUGGUUGUAAAAGCUUAUUAUAAAAAGAUAUUUUGGCGUUACGAACCCCAGCAUAUGGAGGUAAUAUUGCCUACUCAACACUGCCUCUAGUGGUCAGGACCACUUCCGUUUAGUGGUUUGAGUUUGCUACAUUUCAUACUAGCUGCUGUUUUUGUUGGAAGGUAACGGUUGGGCUAACUGAGCUUCACAAACGUUAAACCUGACGAGAACGCCCGAAUUCAGGGAUUUGGAGGAUUGACCUAAAAUUUUUGGUCGUCUUGGGUGCGUUCACACUGCAACCUGAAGUGACCCAAUUCCGAUUUUUUGGCAAUUCCGAUUUUUUUGCCGGGGCAGUUCACACUGCAGACGGGAAGAAGGCGUCCUUACUUCCUUAUUUGCAGCUUUAAAAAGCCAGACUCGACUUCAUUCAUUCACACAUCGUCCCCACAUCCUGACCAGGGCUGAAAGCUAAAAAAACUCUGAAGAUGAACAAAGCUGUGAUCCUCCUGGUUGCUCUGACUCUCUGCUGCUGCAUCCCUGAGCUGCAUGCUUCCAAGUUGGGAUGCCGCUGCAUAAAAACGACCUCUCAACGUGUCGCUCUAAGAACCGUGGCCAAGGUGGAAGUGACGCCUCCAUCAGGACGGUGCCGCCGUUCAGAAAGAGUCGUCAUCAGGAAAAACGGCUCCAAGGUUUGCAUCAGUUCAGACGCCAAUUGGUUCCCAGAGUUUCUCAGCAAACUUAACCAGGAUUACGAAAACAUCAAUUCAUCCACUGUUUCUCCAACAACCUUCUGAUGAUCAACCUGAACAGGAAGUGCUUCAUCUGACAAAAACUGAACAUAGUUUUAAAAAGCUGAGCCAACGUCAAGUGUAAAAGCCCGUUUUAUUUUUAAAGACUUUGUUUUUAUUAAAUGCUAUUUUAUACAGAUUUUUUAAUUCAGUUUUAAUGUUAUC